AUGUUGGAUCGCGUGGGCGAAGAAAAGGCCCGGGCUACCACCAUUGUCGAGUAUUCACCCAAUAGCAAGUUUCCGAAGCACACUCACAUUGGAGGGGAAGAAUUUCUCGUCCUCAAGGGAACCUUCAAAGACCAACAUGGAGCUUUUCCCGCUGGGACGUAUGUGCGCAAUCCCAUUGGUUCGGAACAUGCACCCUGGGUCGACGGCGAUGGAUGUACCAUUAUGGUCAAGUUAUUGCAGAAACAAAGGACAGCCUCGGGUAAGCCAGUGGAUUAUGGAACAGUACUGGAUCUGUACGACAAUACUAGUACCGGCGAACAUGUUGAAAUGUGCUGGGUAUCCGCGGGCAAGACGCUUCCACCACCAUCAACAACGGGUGGAGAAGAGUUGUUUAUCAUGGAAGGAUCCUUGCAGUGCAAGGACGAGGAAUAUGUCCAAUGGGGAUGGCUGCGAUUUCCUCCCAACGACAGCAGCCAGCGUCACGAGGUGAAGGCAGGGCUCAGUGGCGCUCAAGUAUACCGCAAGUGUGGUCAUUUGACAGAAGAUGCUCUCAAGAAGGAAAAGAUUCAAAUAAAAGAAGAGUAG